ACGGUUACACUUUCGUCCUCUGCUCAAGUGUGUCCUCCACGUACCGCUGACAGCGUUGACCGUGUGUUUGGUUGUGAGAGGAGUUAUAAAGGUUAUGGAAACUUAAUUUCGGUGUCUGAACGGACAGAUUGACAGAGAAUAAACAAGCAGAUCCACUGAGUCAACACAAACAGGAUGGCGUCCCCUUCACCCCACGACCGCAGCCGUAAAGACGAGGACGAGGACGACCCUGUUGAUCGGAUGAUAUCCCGCACUGGCUGUGCCGAGCUACAUUACGCCGUGCAGGAGUGCAUGGCUGAACACCAGGACUGGCGAGCGUGCCAGAGCCAGGUCCAGACUUUCAAAGACUGUAUGAUGAAUUUCCAAAAUGCCCGGAAAGAACAGCUGAUGAAGAGGCAGCCAACCUCCACUGAGUCUGCAGCCAGCUGAACUGACAACACAUCACAAACAAGCAUCACGCAUCACACACACACACCCACACACACUGGGAUGUGUUGAGGUGGAGAGACUGUACAUUAUUUAAUGAUUUGUAAUGAUAAUAAACAAGAAUAAGCAGCUACAAAAGAA